GAAAACGAACACACCGCGGGUCCGGACAACAUGACGUCACUAUCCGGAGACCUGCCACAUACCCGCUAAACAUUAGCCAGCGGUUAGCAUCUGGCAUCGUAUAAAUGUUUUUAUUGUCUGGAAAUAGGGGACUUUCACUUUUUUGUUAGUCAUGUUGAGUAGGAAGGAAAACGGGAUGGAGCCAUUGAACGAACAAAACCUCCCUCUUUCAGCAGACUGAGCCUGAGAAGAAAUCCAACAAGCUGAAGACAAUCUCCAUCAUGGGCAGGAUCAGCUUUUCAUGCCUUUUCCCAGCCUCAUGGCAUUUCAGCCUGCCAUCCCAGGUCCUUCCUCGGCUCCUGAUCCCCUCGCUCAGACAGCUGCUCUUCAUCGGCCUGGUGCUCUGCCUCAUAGGACUCCUCUACCUGCUGCUAGUCAGUGGAAAGGGUUUUUCAAGCUGGACCAGAAAGGAAAACAACUUCCACAGGCACUUGGCAAGGGUAACUGAUGUGGAUGCAACAGAUACAAGCAACCCCAACCUGAACUACGGCCUGGUGGUUGACUGUGGCAGCAGUGGCUCAAGGGUAUUUGUGUACUGCUGGCCCAGGCACAAUGGUAAUCCCCACGAACUGCUGGACAUUCAGCAAAUGAGAGAUCAACACCGCAAGCCAGUGGUCAUGAAGAUUAAGCCUGGUAUCUCCGAAUUGGCCAAAACACCAGGGAAAGCCAGUGAUUAUAUCUAUCCACUGUUGAGCUUUGCAGCCCUACACAUCCCUAAGAAUAAGCACCAAGAGACACCAUUGUACAUCCUGUGCACAGCUGGAAUGAGAAUCCUUCCUGAGAGUCAACAAGAAGCACUUCUUGAGGAUCUGCGAACAGACAUCCCUGUCCACUUCAACUUCCUCUUCUCUGAUUCCCAUGUGGAAGUCAUUUCUGGGAAACAGGAAGGUGUCUAUGCUUGGAUUGGAAUAAACUUUGUCCUUGGAAGGUUUAACCAUGUGCACAAUGACGGGGAAGCGGUCGUGGAGGUUCAUGUACCAGGCAGCGAUCAACAGGAGGCGCUGGUGAGGAAAAGGACUGCCGGUGUCCUGGACAUGGGCGGGGUUUCCACACAGAUUGCAUACGAAGUGCCCAAAACUGUAAGCUUUGCUUCUCCACAACAGGAGGAAGUUGCGAAGAAUUUACUGGCUGAGUUCAACCUUGGGUGUGACGCACAUCGAACAGAGCAUGUUUACCGUGUUUAUGUGUCCACCUUCCUGGGAUUUGGCGGAAAUGCAGCACGCCAGAGAUAUGAGGAGAGCCUCAUGAAAAAUACUGCCACCAGAAACAAGCUUUUAGAUCAGCACAAUGGUGAGACAGUAGAGUCUCCUCUUCUGGACCCCUGUCUCCCCACAGACCUGCAGGAUGAGAUCGGUCCGUCUACACAGAAGCUCCAUCUGCGAGGCACAGGAGACUUCGACCUGUGUCGACAGAUUCUCCAGCCGUUCCUCAACCGCACCAACGAGACCCAAACCUCCCUCAGUGGGAUCUACCAGCCGGAUAUAGACUACAACAACAGUCAGUUCUACGGCUUCUCUGAGUUCUACUACUGCACUGAGGACGUGCUGCGCAUGGGCGGGGAUUAUAACGCUUCCAAAUAUGCUCGUGCAGCCAAGAGUUACUGUGCCACCCAGUGGAGGACUCUGAGGGAACGCUUUGCCUCCGGCCUGUACGCCUCACAUGCUGAUCUUCACAGACUGAAGUACCAGUGUUUUAAAUCAGCAUGGAUGUAUGAAGUUUUGCACUCAGGCUUCUCUUUCCCAGCCAAUUACAAAAACCUGAAGACUGCCCUGUUGGUCUAUGAUAAGGAGGUCCAGUGGACUCUGGGAGCUAUUCUUUACCGAACACGGUUUCUGCCUUUGAGGGACAUCCAGCAGGAAGGUCUGAAAGGAUUGCACUCUCACUUGCGACACAGCUUCUCCUUUGUCAACAACCACUACUUGUUCCUGGCUUGUUUCUUCAUUGUGUUGUUGUCUAUUAUGCUGUACUUACUGCGACUCCGGCGCAUCCAUCGGCGCGCAGCUCAGCGCUGCAGUCCCUCUGCUGUCACGUGGUUGGAAGAGGGCAUUGGCUCACCCACACUCCCUAUCAACCUCUAAAGUUUGUAGAGCAUAACGUCUGUGACUCUGCGGAGCCAGUGGUCUCCUUGUUUCUCUCUGAGGUCACUGCCCUGAAAACAACUUCUUCUUGGAACAGAGGACUGACAAAUGGACAACUGAGGAAGUUUUGUUUUUGUGAAUCAUCAGGCUUACCUGAGCCAUGAAUACAUGUUCUUGCUUAAGUUAUUUUGUUUAUUUCAAAAUGUCUUUUAGAAAUCAUGUUCUUGCCACAUACUCCAUUUUCAAAAUCAAAUGGCAAAUGCCUCCAGGUGUCUUCUAUUUUAUUUCUUAAAGAGACAAACAGAUCGGUACUUAGUCUGCUAGCUGAAAUUCUAGCAAAAAUAAGUUUGUAGUCUACACUUGGCAACAACGGGGUAAUUUUUGAGACAUUUGCCUUUAUUUAUGCCUUUUCUUUAAGUGUAUGAUCACAUCUUUUCUUUGUUUUUGUUUGUUUGUUUUUUGUCAAACGGUACAAGCACUUGCUAUUUCUGCAGAAUACUCGAAUGCAAUACGAUUAAGAAUUAUUGGAAGGAGCACUUUUUAUAUGCAGUUUGGAAAGCUUUUCCCAGCCUGAAUGGUCUUCUUUUUGUGUGUGUUUGACCCAAAUUGUUUUGCCUCAACAAGACAAGUAGCCUUCAAUGGCUCUACCAGUGCAAUACAUGUCUUGUCACUGUUGGGAAACUCUCCAAAACACAAAUAUGCUCUCUUGUUGGGAGCAUCAAUCGUUCGAUAAGCCCUGCUGAAAUGUUUGUGUUAGGUUGUCUGACUUUGAGGUUGGAUACUGUUGCAUAUAUUUAUGUUGAGCUUCAUUUUCAGAAGCCGUCAUAUCACUGCUGUGAGGGCAUUCUAAACCCAUAAUUUAUAUGGAAAUGUCUACUAGUGUAAUGUUUGCACAGAUGAACUCUAAAUUAAUGCUAUCACAUCAAAGUUCUCUAUAUAAUAAAGGUUUUAUGGUACACCUUUCAAAAGACAAAA